AUGCGAGCGAUUGGACUGGAGCGUGACAGUAGCGACACGGUAGUCGGUAUCAUGAAGGCCACGCGCAAGGGCGGCAUUGUGGCGCUGAUCGGCAACUUCUUCUUCACGACGCACGACUUCCCCAUAGGGCCCAUGAUGCAGAAGGCGCUGACGGUCCGAGGCGGCCAGGCGGCUCCGCGACGGUAUCAACCUUUCCUGCUCGACCUGGUCGUAGAGGGCCGUCUGGAUCCGUCGUGGCUGUUCACGUACGAGGACGAGUUCGAGAACAUAGCGGAGCACUACCACCGGUUUGCGCGCCACGAGAUGCCCGGCAGGCUCAAGGUGUGCUUGGUGACAGCAUUUGGACGCAGCGAGCGAGUGCAAGCCAACCGCGACUUGGUGAUUGACCGGGAUGGAAAGUCUUGA